GAUAAGCAAAGCGGAGCGGAAAAUACGGGCGUUUGUUGUAACAACUCGUCCGAAUAGUAACAAGUGCCCGACCGGAUGGGUUUGGGGACAUUGAGCACUGCGCAGUACAACGCCAACUACAACGGGGGAAUCAGCCUCGCCGGCGCGCGUAUCACGUAUACUUUUAGAUGCCACGAUAAAUCAUACCCGCGUACACCGGGACCGAGAGUACAAUCGUCGUCGACGCGCUGUUGAUCCGAAAGAGGGGGAAAAAAAAAAAAAAAAAAAUGAAAAAAGUACUCGGUGUGGAGUUUGCGCCGCUAAGCGUGCCCCUGGAGCGCCGGAUGCAGACUUUGGCAGCGGCCGCGUGGUUCUACUGCGGCGUCUUUGGCGGCCCGAUCGGCUGGCUCGUAACCCUCCUCGGCCUCCUACUCGGGCCCAACUGGCUUCGGCUACUGCUAGUCGGCUACCUGGUAUUUGUCUACUUGGACUGGGACACUCGACUCAGAGGCGGACGGAGCAAACGUUGGUGCACGUGGUUUCGCAACUUGGCGUGGUGGCGCUACUUUUGCGCCUACUUUCCCAUCCGAAUAGUCAAAACGGUGGACCUCGAUCCAAAGAGGAACUACCUGUUCUGCUCGUUUCCGCACGGGUUGCUGUGUUCCGGCGCCACCGGGGCUUUCGGGACCAACGGCGCCGAUUGCCCAAAAAUCUUUCCCGGCCUGGACUUUCGCAUACUUACCCUCGAGCAGCACUUCAAACCGCCCCUCUACAGGGAAUACGUCUGCAGUUUCGGUGCCUGUAGUUGCGACGAGGGGAGCAUGAACUACUUGCUAUCGACUAAGCCGACGGAACGGGACGGACCCACCGAGGAUCCGGUUCAGGGCCGCAUAGUUGUUAUAAUGGUCGGUGGUGCCUCGGAGGCCUUCAAGUGCAAACCCAACACCUACAGCAUCCUCGUCAAGCGAAGGAAGGGUUUUGUGCGGGUGGCCCUCAAAAACGGAACGCCUCUCGUGCCCGUGUUUUCCUUCGGGGAGACCGAUCUGUACAAUCAGAUGAGUAGCCCGGAGGGUUCCCUGGUGAGGAGGACGCAAGAGUUCUUGAAGAAGGCCACUGGCGUAGCUCCCAUUUUGCCCAUCGGCCGAGGAUUUUUCCAGUACUCGUUUGGCCUAGUGCCCAGGCGAAAGCCCAUUCACAUCGUCGUUGGUGCCCCCCUGGAAAUACCCAAGAUAGAAAAACCAACGGCGGAGCAAAUUGACGAGUAUCACUCCAAGUUUGUCGAAAAGCUCGUUGAACUGUUCGAGACUCACAAGAGCAAAUACGUUCGUGACCACGAAAACACGUUCUUGAUAAUGGACGACUGAUCACUGGUGAUUUUUUUGCAAUUCGGCUUAUUAUAUAUACAACAUGUAAUAUAGUGUAAAUAAUAAUAUAAGAAAAGAAAAAGAGGAGGGAGGAGGGUCACUGUGUACAGGUGCUACUUAUAAUGUGGGAAAAAAAAAUGCAUACAUAUAGUCGAUCUUUUAAUUGAAACAUUGUUUAUUAAAAAUGAUUCUUAUUGAAGAGGCAUAACUUUUAUACACAUAUAUUUGUAUUUGUAUGAAACUUUGUAAAAAAUACUUAAGGGAUGUAGUAAAGUAAUCAUUACGGCUAAAUAAGAAGAAAGAAAGAAAGAAAGAAGAAAACGCGUCUUAAAAAUUUGUAAACUUAAUAAUUUUACUCGUCUAUUAAUAUUAAGAUCAGCUCGUGGCGAUGAUCGUAACAUGCGGGAGGGGGGGAUAUAUGUAUGUGAUAUACAUAUUACCGAUAACA